GAUAUCGAAAUCACCUCGACUUUUCCACUCAAAUGAUUGGAAUCAAAACAGUGACCUCACUGAUCAAAUUACUCCGCCAACUGUUUGUUAAAAUGUCUACAUGAAGAAAGCAAACCAGAGGCGACACUUCCAUUCAAUUCAACCAUGGCGGAAGCUAAAACUAAACAAUUCACCAUCUUAAUGUUUCCAUGGCUAGCUUACUCACACGUCCACCCCUUUUUCGAACUCGCCAACAAUCUCUCCGCCAAAUCCUUCCGCGUCCUCUUCUGCUCCUCCGCCGUCAAUCUCGACUCCAUCCGCACCAAAAUCGCACUUGAUUCCCCCACCGCCGUCGAUCUAAUCGAACUCCCUUUCCCGCCGCUGCCGGAUCUCCCUCCCCACCUCCACACCACCAAAAAUCUCCCGCCGAAUCUCACGCCAGCUCUCAUUCAAGCAUUUCAACAAACAUCCACCGCCUUCAACGAAAUCAUGAGCAGAACCAACCCCGAUUUGCUGAUCUACGACUACUUCCAGCCAUGGGCGGCGAAGGAAGCCCGGCGCCGAGGCAUUCCCUCUGUUUACUUCGCCACCGCCGGAGCAGCGCCGUUUUCCUACUUCUACCACCUGUUUAAGCACGGCGGGGAUCGACCUUUCCCUCACGAAGAGAUAUACCUCACCGAUCGUGAAAAAGGAGACAAUCGCCCUCCGAUUAAGAUCGAAAUCAAGGAUGCGGAGGAAGACGAAGGCGCUUUCUCGUUUGGGGUUUUCGAUCUGUCAAACGACGUCGUUUUGAUCAGAGGAUUGCGAGGCUUUGAUGGGAAAUACUUCGAUUACAUGUCUGAGCUCUGCAACAAGAGAGUUGUGGCGACCGGUCCACUAAUUCACGAGCCCGAUCAUCGAAUCGGAGAGGAGAAUUCAGAGAUUCUGCAAUGGCUGAGUAAAAAGGAGCGAUUUUCGACUGUUUUCGUCUGUUUCGGCAGCGAACAUUUCGUAUCCAUGGAUCAAAUUAGGGAGAUUUCGAAGGGUUUGGAGAUGUGCAAGGCGAAUUUCGUGUGGGUGGUGAGGCUGCCGGAGGAGGGGGCUUGUUUGGAGGAGGCGGUGGUCGGAGGGUUUGUGGAGAGGGAGAGGGAAAGGGGGCUGGUGGUGGAGGGAUGGGCGGCGCAGGCGGAGAUUUUGAGCCAUGGGAGUGUCGGUGGAUUCGUGUCGCACUGUGGAUGGAGCUCGAUUAUGGAGAGUUUGUGGUGUGGGGUGCCGGUGGUGGCGAUGCCGAUCAAGUAUGAUCAGCCGAUAAAUGCGAGGGUCGUGGCGGCGGCCGGGGUCGGGGUGGAGGUGGCCAGGGGCCGGGAUGGGUGUUUUAGUGGGGAGGAGGUGGCGGCCGCGAUUGAUGAGGUUGUUGGGUCGGAGGGGAUACGGAGAAGGGUUCGGGAUUUGAGUGAGAGGAUGAGGAGGGAAGCGGAGGCCGCGGUGGAGGAGACGGCGGAGGAGUUGUUGUUGCUUUGUAAGAAGAGUACAACCGAGAUUUGUUAGAAUCAUCGCAAAAUUAUCUUUAAUUUGAUAUAAUAUGGAAAAAAAUAAUUAAAUCGGAAUGUCUUUUGGAAACCUUCCCUAAAAUUGAAACGAUACAGGGAAAAAUUAGUAUAGCCUCGAUGUAAGAAUGACACUAAUAAAUGGAAGUACUAAGUAAAGUAGUGAUGGAUUGAUGGAUUUAUUCUCCUAAAUGGAAGUACUAAGUGAAGUAGUGAUGGAUUGAGGGAUUUAUUUAAAUAA